GUCCCUGAAAGACUCCGACCCAGCAGGACCCACCCAGUCUCCCGCCAACAGCCUCUUCUGUCCAGCUGCAGCCUCAGCCUCAGCCCCGGACCCGGCGCCGCCAUGCCCAAGUGCCCCAAGUGCGACAAGGAGGUGUACUUCGCUGAGCGGGUGACCUCUCUGGGCAAGGACUGGCAUCGGCCCUGCCUGAAGUGUGAGAAAUGUGGGAAGACGCUCACCUCCGGGGGUCACGCCGAGCAUGAAGGCAAGCCCUAUUGCAACCACCCUUGCUACUCUGCCAUGUUCGGGCCCAAAGGCUUCGGGCGGGGUGGAGCUGAGAGUCACACUUUCAAGUAAACCCAGGUUGUGGAGCCUCCGUCCCCACCUGCUGGGCCGCCAUUCAGGCCGAUGCUGAUGCUGAUGCCGAAGCCGGGCCUCCCCCCAGACACCCAGGGCCCCCUUGUGCCCCUCAUGCCUUCAAUAAACGUGACCAUGUGGUAGA